AUGCCAAUCAAACCUAUUGGGUGGAUAUGUGGGCAGGUGUUGAAGAGCUUUUCUGGAAGAAUUGAGGGGAUCCAGAAAGCAAUCAUGGACCUCGUAGAUGAGUUUAAAGAUGAAUUCCCUACCAUCCUAAGAUUAUCACAGUCUAAUCAGAAAAGAGAAUCCGUGCAGAAAACAUCUAAAGUCCGAAUGGCUAUUGCUUUAGCCAAGAUCAAUCGGGGAACAUUAAUUCAAGGAUUAAACAGCAUAUCCAGAUCCUCCAAAUCAGUGGCCAAACUAAUGCAGCCUCAGCUUGUAUGUAGACUUUUGGAGUUAAGGGACAUAUCUCAUCGUCUACUGAGGGAAGUUAAUGAACCAAGACAACCCCUAUAUAACAUGCAGGCCAGAAAGGGUUCUUUGUUUGAAAUCAUUUCCUUUCCAGCAAAGACUGCUUUAACUAGCAUAAUGUAUGCUUCAUAUGCAGUGCUAAUUUAUUUGGCAGUCUGUGUUAAUGCUGUGCUGGAGAAGAUAAAGAACAUUUUCCAAGAAGAAGAAUCCAUAAGACAAAACAUAGAAGACAGUAAAAAUUUUAGAAAAGCCUUUUCUGAGCCCAUGCUUUUGGAGCCUAUAUUUCCUGAAGAUGAAAUCAAAGCAAAACCUUACAGGUCAUUGCCAGAGAAGCCAGACAAUAUUUCACAUCACCCCAAGAUUUCUGCUAAUAAGCAGAGUAACAAGAUCCAGGUUUUACAUUCUGUGUUUGACUAA